AAAUUAAACUUAAGAUGAGAUUAUGUCGGAUUUUUCUAUUUUAUGGUGGGGUUACGUGUCACUACUAAUCGAAGUUUUCGGGAAAUUAUUGUCGUAGUGGAGCACCUGUUCAGUGACUAAAUUGGUGUCAAUAGUUACCAAUCCAAUGGAUAAUUUUUUAUCUUCUCUGACUAAUUUUGUGUCAGAUGCUUGUCGAAAUGCCGGUAGUAUUGACAUCGAAAGUCUGAUAGAUGAAUUCGAAGCGAAAAGUACCAACUUAGCUAGACCUCUCUUCAGUUGUGAAAACGAGAAGUGUAAUAUCACAGAUUUGGCGACUGGAACAUCAAAUAGUCUUUGUACCAGCCCUGAGAUUAUCGAAACGCCGGACAUAGCGAUAAAACUAUCGAAGAACCCAAAAAAGAUUAAGUUUGUUUACCCUUCAGAAGAUGAGAUUAAGACUGAACAGCCUGGUGCGCCAAAUAUGUCAGUUCCCAAGUCAUCAAAUCAAGCUAGGGAUGCCCGUAGUCCAGACUUCGAUGAUAGCUUCACCAGUUUGGAUCUGACUCAAAUCAUGAAUGUAUCUGAAAUGAAUAUUUACAAAAGUUCUACGUCACUUUUGAUUGCUGACCAAACAAUUUCAGAUUUGUCACAGCCAUUGAUGGUUACUGAAAAUACUUCACUUCUCUCCGACUUGACGAACAUUCCAAAUGAAUUCAAAACCCCAAUUAGUUUUAAGGUCCCUGGAGAAAGCUCAGCCCAAUCACCCAUUAAGAAGGACUUAAAGGAAUGCGAAUCAUUGCUAAGUAACUUAGAUGGUUCUUCUUAUUUAAGUAAACUAGUGGUAGAUUCUGUUUCCAAGAAUGUUUCAACAAAUUUGGAAGACAAUCCUACCGAUGUUUUCACGAAAAAACAAAUGAUCGGCAUUGAAACAUCCGAACAAUCUACAUCAACAAUUCAAGGAGUCGAAUAUGGUACUACAUUCGAUAACUUCGACCGUACACCGAAUACAAAUCCAUAUUUUACCGGCUUCAAGACUGGUAAGGGAGAUUCAGUGUCCUUGUCGAGUGCAUCAUCACGGAAGACUGCCCAGUCACUUGUUGAUGCGUUGGAUGUUGUAGAUGAUGGAGUUGUUGUGGGAGGUGGUAAGAAUUCUGAUGUUCGUGAUAGUUGUUUCACUGGUUUCAAGACUGGUAAGGGAGAUUCAGUGUCCUUGUCGAGUGCAUCAUCACGGAAGAUUGCCCAGUCACUUGUUGAUGCGUUGGAUGUUGUAGAUGAUGGAGUUGUUGUGGGAGGUGGUAAGAAUUCUGAUGUUCGUGAUAGUUGUUUCACUGGUUUCAAGACUGGUAAGGGAGAUUCAGUGUCUUUGUCGAGUGCAUCAUCACGGAAGAUUGCUCAGUCACUUGUUGAUGCGUUGGAUGUUGUAGAUGAUGGAGUUGUUGUGGGAGGUGGUAAGAAUUCUGAUGUUCGUGAUAGUUGUUUCACUGGUUUCAAGACUGGUAAGGGAGAUUCAGUGUCCUUGUCGAGUGCAUCAUCACGGAAGACUGCCCAGUCACUUGUUGAUGCGUUGGAUGUUGUAGAUGAUGGAGUUGUUGUGGGAGGUGGUAAGAAUUCUGAUGUUCGUGAUAGUUGUUUCACUGGUUUCAAGACUGGUAAGGGAGAUUCAGUGUCCUUAUCGAGUGCAUCAUCACGGAAGAUUGCCCAGUCACUUGUUGAUGCGUUGGAUGUUGUAGAUGAUGGAGUUGUUGUGGGAGGUGGUAAGAAUUCUGAUGUUCGUGAUAGUUGUUUCACUGGUUUCAAGACUGGUAAGGGAGAUUCAGUGUCCUUAUCGAGUGCAUCAUCACGGAAGAUUGCCCAGUCACUUGUUGAUGCGUUGGAUGUUGUAGAUGAUGGAGUUGUUGUGGGAGGUGGUAAGAAUUCUGAUGUUCGUGAUAGUUGUUUCACUGGUUUCAAGACUGGUAAGGGAGAUUCAGUGUCCUUGUCGAGUGCAUCAUCACGGAAGACUGCCCAGUCACUUGUUGAUGCGUUGGAUGUUGUAGAUGAUGGAGUUGUUGUGGGAGGUGGUAAGAAUUCUGAUGUUCGUGAUAGUUGUUUCACUGGUUUCAAGACUGGUAAGGGAGAUUCAGUGUCCUUGUCGAGUGCAUCAUCACGGAAGAUUGCCCAGUCACUUGUUGAUGCGUUGGAUGUUGUAGAUGAUGGAGUUGUUGUGGGAGGUGGUAAGAAUUCUGAUGUUCGUGAUAGUUGUUUCACUGGUUUCAAGACUGGUAAGGGAGAUUCAGUCUCUUCAUCGAAUGCAUCGUCGGAGAAUUUGGCGCAGUUGCACAUGGAUCCGUUCGUGAUUUCAGACGAUAAGAAAAAUACGGGAAGUUGUUCGAAGUCGAACAUUGUUCAUCAAUGUAAUACUGAGAACACUGUGUCUACCGGUGUAAAUAAAGAUGAACAUGUUGUUGCUGAAGGAACUGCUUCUUCGGCAUUGUCUACCCAUGAAAUUGAUUUGUUGGAUGGAUGUUACUUUGACACUCAAUUCGACAUUUCAUGUGAACUAUCAAAGGAUGGGUCACAAAUAAUCGAAAUAGAUAUGGAAUUAGAAGUGGAUCGCCAAAAUGCACGAACUGACCAGCAGAAUCUUAUAGCACAUAAACAGUCAAUCAUUCCAUCCAAUGAAAAUGCCUGCGUUUCUGUACCUGCCUUGCCUAAAUUACGACCAUGUGGACUUCUAUGGGGUAUACGUAGAAAAAACAAUGAUAAUAAUAAUAAUAGUGCUUUGAGUACUUCAAACCAGCAAUCAUUCCUAAAGUGGAAUUCGCUCCUUGCUAACCAAAAGCCAUGUACUUCUGGAAUUCAUCUACCGAAAUAUAUGAGAUGCUCAGACGAUGUAAUUAAAUGGUCUCUACAGACAGCAGACAAACUCUACUGGCUUUGGGAUAUGAAGUAUGCCGUAGAUGCGGGAUCUAAAGAUGCUAUUCCUGUGGAUUAUAAGCAUAAUAAUUUUACCUUAAUUCCUGAUAAAUUAGGACGUGUUGGUAAACAAGAAAUUUUAAACGCAUUUCUGAGUUGUCCUGAAAUUUCUUCAAAUCUUAUAUCGUAUGGAUGGAUUGAAAAUCAUUAUUUGCAAAUAAUGUGGAAAAUUGGCACUGUUGCUUUACUUUAUAAUGAUUUAUGCACAACAGUACUCAGUGAUUAUUGUACACCUAGUCGUGUUUUAAACGAGUUACGCUAUCGUUAUGAUCGUGAAAUUGAAGGUUGUCAAAGGUCAGCUCUUCGAAAAGUUAUCGAACAAGAUGAUACUGCAGCACGACGCUUAAUACUGGCUGUCAGUUACUUGGAUAUUUCGGAGAAUUGUGUAAAGGCUUGCUUAACAGACGGUUGGUAUCAAAUAUCAUGGAAUCCCGAUCCAAUGUUAACCGCUCUAAUUAAAUCUGGAAAAAUUCGUGUUGGUUCCAAGCUUGUUACAGCGAAUGCUGAAUUAAUUAUAACCAACCCGUCAGGUGGUAAUAAUAGUCGAACCAAACGGAAGUAUUCUUCUGCUGAUGCAUCAUCGCAUGAUGAAUUCAGACAUCUGUACGGAGAUCAUGGUUCAGCUGUUGGAAUGUCAUUAAAGCUACAUGGAAAUUCUACACGACCUGUAACCUGGUAUUCACGUCUUGGCUUCUCUGUGAAACAGCCUAGUUCAGGUUGUGGUAUGUAUCCGGUAGCUUUGUGCACUCUUAGUUCUGAUGGAGGAUUGUGCAGUUCAAUUCGUGUAGUAAUUCAACGUCGAUAUUCUUUACAGUAUAUGGAGACAAUAGAAAUUUCAGAUCAGAAUACAGAUAUGUCAACUACCUUAUCACGCACGAAUUCUGGUACAGAUGAAUCACUUGGCAAGUUUCGACGACGUCGAAUAUUCCGUAGUGAACGAGCUGAAGAGGCAGAAGUUAGAUCACAUGAAAUUUUAAGGCGUCAAGUGAUAGACAGCGCUCUAGACAAACUUGUUUUCAGUGACCCAGGUAAACGUCGAAUUCAGCCUACCCGUGAACAACUCACCGCCUUGGGGAAUGAUGGAGAAGCAUUACUACACAUGAUUCUAAAUGCUCCAGACUCAGCUGAAGCUGAAUCGAAUCUUACCGCUCUACAACGUGAUGCUAUACAACGUUAUAAAGAGUCUGUUAUUCAUGAUGCAGUAGUUGAAAGUGUCCCAUCUAGACAGGUCACACCUCUUCUGCGUUUAAGAGUUUUAGGUCUUCAUCCAAAAGACAUCGCCAGUAAUUACGGCGCUUCGAUAACUUUAUGGAGUCCAACAGAUGAAAUGUUGUCAAUUUUAAAAGAAGGAGAAGUUGUUGAAUUUUAUCGUUUACAAGUGUCGACUACACGUGUUAACGAUCCAUUUGCAUCAGCUCCACCAAAUUCUGGAUUUGUUAAACCUAUCGGUGUCAAUAUUCCUCAUGGUUUUGUAUUGAGCUUAUCUGGAGGACGUACAACACGUAUCUUUUCAUUAGGUCAUAUAUCCAAGUUGAAAGAAAUUAUACCUAACGAUACAACAACUGCUUGUGUAUAUAAACCAAGAAUUGCAUCAAGCGUUUCUGAUGUUCAUCGAAUCGCUGUGGAACAAGAUGAAACGCUAUUAAAUUCAUAUAACAAAGGAAAUAUUGAAGUUGACAUGCGUUGUUUAAUUAUAGCAGUUUAUCAUACGUCGAAUAAACCGUCUCCCUUUCGUAAAGAUCAAUCUAGCACUAUUAAACAAGGUGAUACUACAGCUGUCAAAUUUCCUAGCUCUGAUGUCGAUUGUGUAUAUACAACUGAUGUGAUUUGUGGAUCAGAAAUGUGUUUAUCUGUGAUCAAAUUUUGGGAUGGUUUACAGACUCUUCAUCUAACCGACAUUGUUCAAGUUGGUCGGGUAUUAUCUUUCACUGACUUACAAAUACGUCGAUGUCAAACAAUCAAUACUGUGUCUAGAAUGAAUCAACCGACACGUACAAUCCCUCUUGUUACUUUGAAUUAUACUUCUGCAAGUAAUGUUACCUCUGAGAAAGCUGGUAUUCGACGUACCGGUCGAAUGACAUCAACUAAUGAGACUGAUCCUGCUACUGUUUCAUAUCUUCAACAAGUUGUCAAAGACUAUUUGUGCUCAAAAUCAGGCUAUAAUCCAAAUCUUCAGAUAUCUGAUUCCCCUCUAAAUCAGACAAAAUCUGUUCCACUAUUCUCGACAAGCAAUACACCAAAUUCUACAGGUAUUGGUUUAUCUGCUUUGUUACGAGGCUCAUCGUCUGGUCGUAUGCAUUCAACUCCAUUAAGCAGUAAUACUCCGAAAAGGCCUAUUAUUCCCCUUGAAGAUGAUUACUUACUGCCUUCGAAAUCAGUUUGUGAAUCACCAAAUAAAUCGGUGCUGAGACAAGGUCUACCAUUGAAAGAACAAAAUUUUACUCCGAUUAAAAGAUUUACUCCAACGAAUGAAUUUCAACCACAGAAACAACAAAGUUGUGAAACACCAAUACAAAAUACUUCUACUACUAAGAGUCCCUACGUUCGAACUCUGCCAAAUCGAAGUGCAUCACGUACAGGACUUUCACGGAAGACACGUUCUCGUUCAAGCUUGGUUACCCCAUCAAAUUCUCUAUCAUCCAUAUCAGCAACAACUGUGCCAGAUAAAAAGACUGUCAACGAUGAUGAUAAACAAUGUGAAAGUGUUCAAGUCACAAAAUCACCGCCUCCAAGUAUUCCUUCAAUGCCUAUUGCUGUUGAUGAUUUAUGCUUUACACCUGAACCAAAAGCUAAACGUUGCCGUAGUUCACAGCCUAGUGACAAUAAUAAUAAUAAUAAAGAUGAAAAUCCAGAUGGUAAGGAGAAUUUAGUGUCAAUCCCAUCGCCUAAGGAUAUUUUGAGUCCUUCAGAUUCAGAAGAUAAAGACAUAUCUCCCUCCAAUUCUUUUAAAUUACAAUCAUCUUUCAAUCUAAAUGAUUCCCAGAUGUUUUCAAGUUCACAAUUUGAAAAUGAUUCAUUUGAUAGUUCCGAUUUGAGUAUAGCAGAUCUCGUGAAAACUCGUCAACGUCGUCAAGCGCGUACAACACCUCAAGCAAUGUCAACACCACCGACACCAAAAACAUCCUUCAACUCAUUACAACCAUCUAAUCGUCGUUUAUCAUUGAAAAGAGUUUCAAAAUGAAUUGCUUCUUGUUCAUUUUAUUUUAUUUUGACAUUUUACACUAGUGGUUGAUGGUUGGCGAGUUGCUUUUCGCUAUUUUUUAGUUAUUUUGCGUUGAGUUCCUUCUCAUUUGCUGGUCCUCUUUGUUUAAGAAGAUAAUGAAAAAUCUAAAAUCAUGGGUUUCUCUAACACUAUUACUUUUGAUAGAUUACCUUUUUAUUUAUUUAUUUUUUAAUUUUUAUUGUAAAUUGAAUUCAUAAGUUAUUUUGUUUUAAAGUGUAUGUUUUACGGUUACUCCUGAUGGCUGGGUGGGUAUCUGUUCCUGCAGAAAUAAGCGUGUACGUACAUCGUCGCACUUUAGGUGAAAUAAAAUAACGUGACUAAUUGACUGACUAACUGGGUGUCAUCAUAGA